UGAGAUCCCGUUUGUGAGCCGGAUUCACGCGAGAAGUCGUUUGCUAUAUACAGCGCUCCAUCUCACUCAUUUCCAGCAGUUCUUCUUUGAAAACGUAAAGCGAGUCACGCUUAUUCGGCUGCAACAAGCAAAAGAUGGCUGCUGGCAAAGCUCAAAUUGGAAAGAUGGCUCCCGAUUUCACAGCCAAAGCGGUGAUGCCAGAUGGUCAGUUCAAGGACCUCAAACUGUCCGACUACAAAGGGAAGUAUGUCGUCUUCUUCUUUUAUCCGCUGGAUUUCACCUUUGUGUGCCCGACGGAGAUCAUCGCAUUCAGCGACGCGGCCGACGAAUUCAGGAAGAUUGGCUGCGAGGUCAUCGCUGCCUCUGUUGACUCUCACUUCUCCCACUUUGCAUGGACCAACACUCCUCGUAAGGAGGGCGGUUUGGGCACCAUGAAGAUCCCAAUGGUGUCCGACACACGUCACACCAUUUCCACUGAUUAUGGUGUUCUAAAGGAGGAUGAAGGCAUCGCUUACAGGGGUCUGUUCAUCAUCGAUGACAAGGGGCUCUUGAGACAGAUCACCAUCAACGACCUUCCCGUCGGACGUUCUGUUGACGAGACUUUGCGUCUGGUCCAGGCUUUUCAGUUCACCGACAAAUACGGAGAAGUGUGCCCAGCCGGCUGGAAACCGGGAAGUGAUACCAUCAAACCUGACGUCCAGAAGAGCAAAGACUUCUUCUCCAAGCAGUAAUAAGACCAAGGCCAGAAUCCGCUGCGUGCUCCAAUAGAUUUCAUUUAGAUAAUAUUUUCAGAAAAUAGAUUUUUAUGUUUUGUUUAUGGAAGUGUUGCUCAGUGACAGUUUUAUUCAGCAUUUGUCUUGUAUGUACCGAAGACCAAAGUGUAUUGUUGUGAGGGUUUCAAACGUCUUUGUAUGUUAUUCCUAAUCGUGAAACCAAUUUACUGUGCCUUUACAUUAUGUGGAAAUAAAAUAAUCCAGUGGACGCUUCAC